GGACACUGGACAUUAUGUGUCUGCCCCUCGGGCUGCUCCUGGUCACCCUGACACUGUCAGGAUCUGAAGCCUCCGACCCAGCACAAUGUAGGAAACCAGCGGGAGGAGGAAUUAAUAUAAUCAAUCAGGUUAUAAACGGUAAAUACAGACCCAGUGGCUCCCAGGAAUAUUAUAACCCGGGGGACGUUAUAGCCGUGUGGUGCCAGACCGGGUAUUACCCUCCGCACGGGACAUAUACCUGUCAGAGCAACGGUACCGGCAGCGACUGGGAUAAACCUGUAUCCUGCACCGCACAAUGUAUGAAACCAGCAGGAGGAGGAAUUUAUAUAAUCUAUCAGGUUAUAAACGGUGAAUACAUCCCCAGUGAUUCCCAGGAAUAUUAUUACCCGCGGGACGUUAUAGCCGUGCGGUGCCAGGCCGGGUAUUACCCUCCGCAGGGGACAUACACCUGUCAGAGCAACAGUACCGACAGCGACUGGGAUAAACCUGUAUCCUGCACCGCACAAUGUAAGAAACCAGCGGGAGGAGGAAUUUAUAUAAUCUAUCAGGUUAUAAACGGUGAAUACAUGCCCAGUGAUUCCCAGGAAUAUUAUUACCCGGGGGAUGUUAUAGCCGUGUGGUGCCAGACCGGGUAUUACCCUCCGUAUUGGACAUACACCUGUCAGAGCAGCGGUACCGGCAGCGACUGGGAUAAACCUGUAUCCUGCACCGCACAAUGUAAGAAACCAGCGGGAGGAGGAAUUUCCACAAUCAAUCAGGUUAUAAACGGUGGAUACAAACGCAGUGAUCCCCAGGAAUAUUAUAACCCGGGGGACGUUAUAGACGUGCGGUGCCAGACCAGGUAUUACCCUCCACUCAGUACAUACACCUGUCAGAGCAGCGGUACCGGCAGCGACUGGGAUAAACCUGUAUCCUGCACCGCACAAUGUAAGAAACCAGCGGGAGGAGGAAUUUCCACAAUUAAUGGGGUUAUAAACCGUGGAAACAGACCCAGUGGUUCCCAGGAAUAUUAUAACCCGGGGGAUGUUAUAGCCGUGGGGUGCCAGACCGGGUAUUACCCUCCACACAGGAGAUACACCUGUCAGAGCAGCGGUACCGGCAGCGACUGGAAUAAACCUGUAUCCUGCACCGCACAAUGUAAGAAACCAGCGGGAGGAGGAAUUUAUAUAAUCUAUCAGGUUAUAAACGGUGAAUUCAUCCCCAGUGAUUCCCAGGAAUAUUAUAACCCGGGGGAUGUUAUAGCCGUGGGGUGCCAGACCGGGUAUUACCCUCCACACGGGAGAUACACCUGUCAGAGCAGCGGUACCGGCAGCAACUGGGAUAAACCUGCAUCCUGCACCGCACAAUGUAAGAAACCAGCGGGAGGAGGAAUUUCCACAAUUAAUCAGGUUAUAAACGGUGGAAACAGACCCAGUGGUUCCCAGGAAUAUUAUAACCCGGGGGACGUUAUAGCCGUGCGGUGCCAGACCGGGUAUUACCCUCCGCACAGGAGAUACACCUGUCAGAGCAGCGGUACCGGCAGCGACUGGGAUAAACCUGUAUCCUGCACCGAAAAAUGUAAAAUUCCUGGAUCCUUGAAGCAAAAUGUAAUUAUAAACACAAAUCAGAAAUAUUUUGACCCCAACACGAAGGUGACGGUGGGGUGUUCACCAGGAUUUAACUCUACAGUGAACACCAUAACAUGUACAACGUCACGUGGCAGGAAUGACUGGGACGUGGAUGUGAGAUCUAUUAAGUGUAUCCCGCAAUGUGUAAAGCCGUCAGGAGAAGGACUCCUCUCACUCAGCCGGUACAAGCGGUAUUAUGACCACGGCGAUUCAGUGACAGUGACCUGCGCCGAUGGGUUCCAGCCUUCAUCUAUAAAACUUCAGUGUAUGAGUUUGGGUGCCAGCAGCCAAUGGGAUGUGCCCGUUCCCUGCGUCAGGAUCCUCGUAACCCCCCCGAUCAGCACAUCUACCAGCGUCUCCGUGCAAUGGGCGUGCGAGCCGGACCCCUGUCUGCGCGUCUGGGAGUUUACCAUGUCCUGCUGCCCCGUUCGGAUGGGCAAGAGGGAAUGUCAAACCAAAGUGACCAAAGAAAACACUACCUUCUCUAAUUUAUCGCCCUUCACUGAGUAUGAAGUCGCUCUCCGUGGGAAAGUUCCUGGUAAAGCGACCUCCCCCUUCUGGGAGACGAGAAUAAAGACAAAGGAAGCCACUCCCGACAAGCCGGAAAUAGUGAAAUAUCCAAAUAUUGAAGAAAACAUCAUAAAAUGGAGCUUAAACUCGAAUCGAGGGCUAAUCACUGGUUACCAGAUGAAUAUCUCAGCCCGGAGAGAUUACAAUAACUCCUUCGCUGAGAAUGAAUCCCUCCGGUUUCCACCCAACGUGACGGAAUUUAAAAUACCAUUCAAAUACGGGACUAAUUACACCAUAAACCUCCGAGGUCUCACAUCAGCUGGAGCCGGGGGGGACACACAAUGGAGCCUCGAGACCCCCAUUAAAGAACCUCCUGUCCCUCUGCAGAAGGCCGUGUCUGUAAGAUCCAAAAUGGCCGACCUGCUGCUCCACCCCGUCCCCGACCUAAAUGGACCAAUAAGCUAUUAUGAAGUAAUACUCUCCAGCGGACAAACGUUCAAUUUAAGCCAAACAUGCGCAGGAUACAAGAGUACUCACUACAAUUCUAGCAUUAACCCCGUUCUGUACACGGCGGCUCUGCUACCAGCGCAAAACCUCAGCAGGCCCAUGACACUGACCCUGGGCGAUGGAGUCCAUUACAGCGGCUUCUUCAAUGCCCCCCUUAUCUCCGAUCAGAAUUACACGGUGUAUGUGAGGGUCUCCAGCACAUGGAGAGAGGUAGGAGAUACUCCUAACGGACAGCCACGAGGCAAACUAGCAACUAGCAUACUCCAAGGAGACGGCGCGGGACCCUCGUUGCUUUCCGUGGAUCGGAUAAAUGGGUCACCUUGUCAUUUCGUGUCUUUACAGGCGGAGAAGUCUUCGUGUGCGUUUAUCGGUUCCUUCCAAGUUGCAGGACACUCGUCGGUGCCGUUGGUCGUUGGCUUGUGCUCAGCGGCCGCCGUAUUCCUGAUUGGACUGGCCGUCUUCUGGAAGCUGGGUCUCUACAGAUCUCUGAGAACCAAAUCCUUCAAAUCAGCCGGAAUCCCCCUGAAGAAUAAGGAACCCCCAGGGAGGAAGGAAGACAUCCCGGUGGGGGGGCUCCUGGAGGCGGUGAAGAGAUUCCGGGCGAGCGAAUUAAACGCUGCGGAGGGAACCGACAUGGAAGAAAAUCUAAAUCUGCUGUCUUUUGGACGUUUCAAGGAGUACAAGGAGCUGCCGUCUGGGCUGCUGAGUCCCUGCGACGUGGCCAAGAUGGAGAGAAAUCUCGGCAAAAACCGCUUCAAGAACAUCAUUCCGUAUGAUGGAUCCCGGGUGGUUCUGAGAUCCAGUCCUGGAGGUUCCGAUUACAUUAAUGCCUCCUACGUAGACGGUUAUAAGAGCCCCAAAUUCUUCAUCGCUACGCAAGGUCCCCUGCCGGACACGUUGGCUGAUUUCUGGCGCAUGGUUUGGCAGGAGAACAGCUCCGUUAUUGUGAUGCUUACUGACCUGAAGGAAAAUAAUAAGGUGAAGAGCGAAUGUUACUGGCCAGAGAACACAGAAACAUACGGUGACAUCACGGUAUCCCUGGAGAGAGUCGAACAGACCGGCGCCACGACCGCUCGCCGCUUUACCCUGAAAAAGACGCAGUCUGGGGUCCGGAAGACGGUGGAUCAUUUCCAUUACCUGGCGUGGCCAGACCACGGGGUCCCCAUCAAACCAUCGGGGCUCUCACAGCUGCUAGAGCAGGUGAACACAAGCCAAGGGGCCGGCUCGGGGCCAGUCAUAGUACAUUGCAGCGCCGGCAUCGGCCGAACCGGCACCUUCAUCGCUCUGGACAUUUCACUAAAGAUGGCGAAGGAGGCAAAGAAGGUGAACGUGUUUAACUGCGUCCGGCGGCUGCGCAGGCAGCGGGUGAACAUGGUGCAGAACAAGGAGCAGUACGCCUUCCUGUAUGAGAUCCUCCUGGAGACCCUGCUGUGCGGAGUCACCUGUGUGGCCGUUCCGGAUCUCCAGAAACAAAUUCAAGCCGCGUCCAAGCGGGAUCCGGCCACCAAAACAAACCGACUCGCGGAGGAGUUCCAGGCUCUGGAGCCUCUGAACGGAUUUUACGGCCUCAGCUGCGUCACACAAGGGAAGAAGCCGGAGAACGCCGUCAAGAACCGGGACCCCCACAUCCUGCCAGGUGAUCACUGCCGCCCGAUCCUGAUGUCUACGGCAAACACACAAAACCCCUCGGGGUAUAUAAACGCUGUGUUUGUGAGUUCCAACUGCGGGGAAGAUGUCUUCGUGGUCACGCAGCUGCCGAUGAAGCACACGGUCUGCGACUUCUGGUCUCUGGUCUGGGAUUACCGGUGCGGCUCCGUGGUGCUGAUGCACGGACCCCAGGAGCUGACGGAGAUCUGUAAACCGUUUUGGCCAAACCAGGGUGAAGCCAGAUACGGCGCUUUCUGCGUGAAGAGGAUCUCAAAAUCCUCAGCGAAUGGAUACAAAGAGACGACGUUCAGCGUGCAGCAGCAAAACGAGUCCCUGGAGGUGAGGUUCUGGCAGGUGACUUGUUGGCCCAAAGACCAGCCGGUUCCCCAGGACCCAGAAGCCUUCAUCCACCUUAUCGGAGAGGUCGAGAAGCGCCAGCAGCGGAUGGAGAACAGCCACAUCAUCGUUACCUGCCGUGACGGGGCCAGCCGCUCGGGGCUGUUCUGUGCUGGGUCCGUGGUGUGUGACCAGAUCCGCAGUGACGGACUCUUAGACGUGUCGCAGGCCGUGCGAGGUCUGAGGAAACGCCGCGUCCAACUCGUCCCUAAUGCGGAUCAGUAUGGCUUCUGCUACACGCUGGCUCAGAGCUACGUGCAGUCGUUUGAUACCUACGGGAACUUUAAAUAAUGAACACACAACGGGCAGAACCAGCGGGGCAGAACCAGCGGGGCAGAACGUGGAGAAACACCCAGAACCAGCGGGGCAGAUUGUGGCAGAGCCUGGCUAUCAUUUGUUUGUCGUUUUUGUUCCGAGCUGUUUGGUGAAUAAGGUGUUAAUAUGAUGCAGGUUUUUAAUAUAUACAUUUAUAAUAUAUGUGACAUUUAAUGGCUA